CAAAGAUGAAGUCUAUUAGUAAUAUUUUGAGUUUCCUCUUGGUUUCAAGUAGCCUCUCUUUGGUUUCCUUUUCUCAAUCUUUCACUUCUGAUAAUAAUCCUGUGCUCGACAUGGACGGCGAACCACUCAAGAUAAACGAAGAGUACUCCAUUCUCAGUAUUCCCUAUGGCGGUGGAAGCGUAUACUUAGCUGAUCUUGGAAACACCAAAUGCCCAAACGGCAUCGUGCAGGACAGUUCUGGUGAAUUUGAUCACAACACGCCCGUGACGUUUUUCACUAUGCAACUUGGAAGUCAUUAUGUGUUUGAAAACCAAGACGUUAGUAUAAUGUUCUCAACUACAACUUCUAAUCUAUGUGUUAACGAAACUGUUUGGAAAGCUGGUGAUUACAUGCUAGGGCCGGUGCAUCCGCCACCUAGGUUUGUUAUAACUGGUGGUACCUUAGGAAUUCCAGGACCUAAUACCUUAAAGAACUGGUUCAAAAUUGAGAAAUAUGAGACGGGGAGACCUCAUUCUUACAAGUUAAGGUAUUGUCCUAGUCAAUUUAUGUGUCCAACAUGCCAAUUUGAUUGUGCAGAUGUCGGACUAUACGAAAAUAAGGGAUACGCCCGUCUGGCUCUCAAUAACAAGCCUUAUCCAUUUGGCUUCACCAAAGUAAACAAGAAUAUUGAUGCAUAGUUAAUUAUAUAUCUAUUACGAAAUGUGUGUGAUCAGAAGCACACCUUUUGUAGCCAAACUAAACUAUGGCCUUACUAUGCUUAUUACUAUAACCUAGCUCGACCGCUUUCUAAAAUAAUGUGGAUCAUGCUUCUAUUCCACUCUAUGUAAUAUUAAUGCUUAUGAAUAAAAAAGCUAGGUUCUUUAUUUAUUAA